AUUCCUUAUCUACAGACAGUAUUGACGACUGUGUCACAUAUACACUUUGUGAUCUGUAUUUAAGUGAUAAUAAAGAAAAGAUGAAGAAAUUGCGUACGGGUCUAAUAUUGGAAACAGACUAUGACAAGUUAGCUGAACAUGUUAAAAAUAUGGAAGAUUGCUGUUCACAACUUAAGUUACUGGUUAGUAUACUUUCACUAAUUUUUUUUUAAAUUUUACACUGUCGAAAAUAAUUUCACUGUUCUCAUUUUGUAUUUAUAAUUGAUCAGGAUCAUUUAAGUGAACCUUUCUUUAGCAGUUUCUCUCUGUCGUCUUACAUAAAGCAUAGUUAAACUGAGAAGAAAGUACCAAUCCUUUGCUUUCAUAUUUCUGUAUCGGUAAUGUAUUCAUGGCCUCUACAUUUGGUGAAGUCGCAUUGUACUAUGCUACGUUUGUAAAUACACUUCUAUGUAUCAUGCGUAACACGGGGGUUGUUUUAUAACUUACCUUAUAAAACUGCCGUCUUGUUUUGCAUAAAGAUGCCAAAUUGAUUGUAUCCAAGAUGUGAGUGUAUUGAUUCUAAAAGAUAACAGACUUGUUCACCUCUCACACACAUUUAACGUGACUGUUUAUCGUGUAUUCGUGUAGUAGUUUAGCUGAGCCUAGGGGAAUGAAAGCAUCUAUUUCUGUUGAUUCAAGUAGACAAUAUUGGUCGUCAUACUUAGUUAAAUAUUUUGAAGAAAUUAGUCCCCUUAUCCCCAGUUGAUGUGUGUUUUACUAGUGAAAAAAAAGAAGAAAAUCACUAGUUGAGAAAUUUAGGCAAUACAAUUUCUAUUCAAUGUUUGUUGCAUAGAUGAGUCUGUGCCUGAUUUUUACACCAUAUUCAGAACACUGUUGUCAUUCUCUUAGAGUUUCAGUGAAACAUAAGGCUUUAACAUCACAUCUCCAUUUCAUCCUGU